AUGCUUAUACCUGUCUGCCCCCCUCCCCCCGCGCCCUCCUCCAGCCCCUCUCCGGUGGCCCUGUACCCGAUUGGGAGGUGGCGUCUUCAGUGUAAUGCGCUGUGGCAGCCCCAUACCUGCAGCGGUGCGGGCCACAGCGAGGUUCACUGGAGCAUCGGCGUGUUGUCCUGCAGCGGGGGACAGGAGCGGGCAGGGGGACGUGAUUCACCCCCGGCCUGUGACUGGUGGUAUGGAAGUGUGUCUGAACCGAUCUGUCACGUCUGUCCCUGUCACUUUGCAUCAGCGCCACGACCAGCCGCACUUGCAGCCAGCGAGCCGGCCGACCGUUCGCUGCGGACGCUGGCUUUGGCCCUGCGCCCCUCCCUCUGUUCUUACCCUGCCUUUACUCCCCUUAUGAGACAUUAG